AUGGCCGCAGAGGAGCCACAAGAUAGCGCGGGGCCCUCGUCUCCGCCGCCCCCGUUACCAGAAGGAUGGCUAGCACAAUGGGAAGGCGUGUCAAGGAAAUGGUACUACGUCCAGCGCGCAACGGGCAAAUCCCAAUGGGACAUCCCUACGGAACCCGUGAUAUUAACACCCUCUACAACACCCGGUUCAAUCGGUACUGGUCCAACGCAAGCCCCCCGCGCCGGAUCGCAGUCAUUAUCUCCACAGACUUUGGCGGCUGAAUCGCCGGAUUUGAGUGCUUCCUCGAGGGGUUUCUUGAGUGGUCAUUCGUCGACUACUACAAGACCCAGCUUGUCCGGCGUGCUCGGGUCAGUUGGGAAUUCGGCGGUAUCGCAGAUUGCGGAUAGGGUGAUUGGGAGGAUUCCGAAGGAUUUUAUUCCGGGGAAACAUGGGAGUCAGUCGUCGUCGCCUGGGGGGUUGAAUAAUUCGGGCUCGCAUGGAGCUUAUGGGUCGGGGCAUAAUCCGUUGCAGAAUCAGACCGGACACAAUUCCUAUGGCUAUGCGUCUACGGGUCAGUCUGGCGUAUAUACGGGAAACGCGCCGCAAUACCAUGCACAAGGACAAGCAACCUCACAACAAACGGAGUUUUCCCAACAUGUGCCUGCAGGUCCCUCAGCGUAUUCCCCUCAGUAUCAUGCUAGUAAUCAGCCCGCCCCGCCUAAUCAAUUCUCGCAUGUGAACCCUGGACUGCAACAGCCGUGGCCGACUCAAAACUCCUUUCCACAAAAUCCUCAUCAGGCAUAUCAGCAACCAGAACCAUAUGGGCAGCCUGCAGGAAAUAUUCCCUCUCAACCAGAAUGGCAGUCCAGCGCACAUCCUCCUAUACCUCAUUCUACAAAGCCGGGGAGUCAGCCACCACAGCCUAAUUCCCACAAUCCGUCUGCGAUAACUAAUAACCCCCCGCAACCGAACAAUAAUUACCAACCUCCUUAUUACCAGCAGAUUCCUCAACAUACCAAUCAACAAGGCAUAAAUCAUUAUGGUCCUGGUCAGUAUGCUCAUCAUCAACAGACGCUGCAUGGAAAUCCAUCCAUAGGAGGGCCUAUGCAGCCAGGGCAACAACCCCCACAACCAUACGCCAACAACUUUCAGCAACAUCCCUCUGUUCCAGCCCCGCAGCAAACUUCAUCAUAUCAUGCUAAUGCUGGAGCACCCGCACCUCUACCAGGCAUCUCAAAAUUUCAGACCAAUUCGCCGAUAUCACCGAUCAACUCAGGACCGCCCGGUAACAAUUUCCAGCAGCAACCGCCGCCGGUUCAGCUCCUACAGCACAACAAUCCGACAUCACCGCCCAACCAAUAUCCCCCAACCAAUAUCUCGAACAAUCCUCCUGCACACCACCCUCCUUUCGCGGCAGAAUUACCAGAUAAUCAAAUGAUGAACAUGCAAAAUCGUCCGCCUAGCCAACAACAAUACGGCCAGCAGCAACAGGCAUACUCACAACCCGGUCUACUUCCAAAACCUCACCAGCAGCCACCGCCCAACUCCAUGGGUAUGGACGUCGGACCUGGCCCUAUGCCCAUGCGACAUACACCAACAGAUCCUUCAUUUGUCAGUGGGCCGUGGACGUCACCACCUGCAAACGCAAAUCACCACUACCCACCAAAUAGGUAUAACAAUAAUCCUGGUGGCUUCUAG